AAUAACAUUUUUUUUCAAAUUUUUUGUCUUAAUUUAGAAAAUUAAAUCAGUUUUAAAAUUUAAACAUGCAACUGUGAUUUGUGUUAAGAAUAAACUUGUGAAAUUUUAUUGUGGGGCCCAAAAUGGCUUCACAUCUGGUGUUCGAGUACGAUCAAGACAGGGAACAAAGAAUGCGUCAUCGAGAUGGGACUACUUCAAGACCUGCAGAUUCAACAGUGGCUUGUACUAGCUCGCAAUAUUACGUGGGCCCAAGUAACGAUAUAAAUGAAGAGGAUUUAACGGAUUUACCAUCCUGCGUUUAUGCAGGCAGAUCCACGCAACAUGUCUCUCACACAUCUCCACAUGGACAUUCGCCUUUGCAUUAUCACAUGCCAGUAACGACACAAGAUCACAAUGACACAGACAUGCAUGGAAUGGAAGAAGGUUACUACCCAAAUGGCAGUCCCUACAGAAUUCAAAGACACGCAGCCAAUAUUCGAGAACGAAAAAGAAUGCUAAGCAGCAUCAACUCGGCUUUCGACGAACUGAGGGUUCAUGUACCCACCUUUCCAUAUGAGAAGAGGCUAUCCAAAAUCGACACCCUUCGAUUAGCAAUAGCAUACAUAGCUUUACUGAGAGAAGUUUUGGCAGCAAGAUUAGAUCCUUUGACUUACGUAGAAAGAUGCCUUCGAGGAGAAAUUAGUGGUGAAAGGGCCGAAUGGAAUACGAGUGAUUUGACAGCCCGUCUAUCGUGGAUAAACUGGGAAAACCUCGGAGUCAAUCCUAAUCGGCGAUCAGUGCUAACCAAUUUAGCGCUAACGACUGACAAUAUGAAUUGGUUCCGAACACCCCUGAAGCUACAGGUCUACUUAGAAAAAGCUCUUACAGAAUUCCAAGCCACCUUUUUUAAGCUCCAAAACAUCACCAACAUGCAAGCCGGUCCUAAUUUUGACAUUCAAAAAGGACGCAGCCUCAACAAACCCACUAGAAGGCUCGUUACCAUUAAUGUCAAGAUGAGCUGCAAUCCAACUCAAACCAACUGGCAGACCGCGAGAAAUCGCCCGGAAAAUUUGGAAAUAGAUGCGUUAAAUGGAUCUGAUCAGACAGAUCGGAUACAUGCAUUGACAGAAUUAUUUACUCUUUCUAAUCCAAAUAGGUUAGAAAUGGAAAAUAAUACGGAGAUUAUGGAAAUCAUCCUUUGGGGCGACGAACCGGCAAAAGAAACGACCCUGGAAGACGUGGUGGGAAGUAUGAAAAGUAAUGCGAAUCUACAGGUUAUCGAACUGAGCGAUCGAAAAUGUAAGAUGGCGCUUCUUCGACAGUUGAAGCUCGAUUCGCCCCCGAGCGACCAUCUACAUGGCAAUGAAAAUUCGCAAACAACCAGUGACUAUAAUUUUAAGAAAAAUAUGCAAACCUACGCUCUGCCGCCGGGUACUGUUUUGAUAAAACAGGAUAAUAAAAGCAACUUUCACCACGGGAUUAUGAAUCAGCGGAAACCACCGUCAGAAUUGCCGGAAACCACCAGGAGCGGCAACAGAGCUCCCGUUUCCUCAAUGGAAAAUGCGAAACGAGUUCAGCGACCGAUACGGAACAAAAAAUUAGCGGAAGUUCGCCGAAAUCCGACUAGGGUAUCAAAGAAAAAUUUAGAUGAGGAUUUCGUGAAUCCAAGGCAAAGAUUGCUUUCAGCGAAAAGAAAAGAAAAUUUCACAAAUUCAGAGGCAGCUAAACGAGUGAAAUUGUCAUCUACACCUUACAUGAAUACCAGAUCCGUAACUCGCAAACUUUAUACUGUUGGUGCCACUUAUCAAGCUCCAACUAUUCAGGAUGCAAUGGAAUGGAAGGAGUGGCCAGUUCAUGGAAUGCACGAAAGACCUGUUUUUCAUCCACAGGUUGGUCUCGGAGUUGAAUGCAUCGGUCGAUUCUUCAAGAGUUUAGAUGGUCACUCCUAUUGUGAAAUCAAGGAAGAAUCAGAAGUUGAAGUAAUUUCUGUGGACCCACACAAGCAGAUUUCAGAUUCCCUCGAUUCAAAAAAGCUGAAAAGAAAGAAAAUUAGAAAACUAGGCUUCCAUGUGAAUGGUGAAUCAUCUGGAAAGGAUAUCAAGAAUUUUGAAACUUGUAUGCACACCAGUUUGCAUUCAGUUCUCGCUUAUUGCGCUCAAGUUUCAAAACCUACGUAUCAAACACCAAUUAAGGAAAGAAUAGAAGACCCAAAAAUUAAUUCUUGCUUUAAAGAAAACAAAGAAGAAUUUCAGAAAGAUGCUGACUUGAAAAAUGAGAUUGGAUCUAGGGAUAGAGUUGAUAAAAUAACUCCUAAUAAAACAGAUUCUAAUAAGACAAAAAGCUUUCCUCUCAUGAUGAGCAAGGAGCAAAAUUUAACUAUAGAAAAUGAAGUCUCACCUUUGAAAAUAAGCAAUUCUAAACUUCUGAAUCUAGUUUCUCGAUUGGAACCAAAAAAAUGUUUAAUCACACCCCGAAAUUCUUGGAAUCUAUCGAUGAAUUUGCAAACUAGUCACUCAAAAUUGCAGGAUGUCAUUCGAGGAUCUUCGAAGAAUGCUCUGAUCGUUAUUAAAACGCAAGAACCAAAAAAGGAAAAUCCCAAGCCUCCGAUUCCGACCAAUGAACCAUUGUUGAAGUCCACUGCAAGCGAUUUAAAUUUCGAACUCGGAAAAUUGGACGAUUCGGCAAUCAGCGAUGAAACUUUAAUGGAGAUGUCUUCCAUCUACGAGAAGCUUCUUCCAACCGAGGAAGCGAAUUCCAGUCCAGAAAAUGUGCCUAAAUCUUGGCCAGUCGAAGCGGUCGAUUCUGAGUCGAAAAAUUCCGCGAAACGAAAGGAAUUCACGGAUAGUGAUCGAAAUAAAAAUCAGACCUCGGAAAUAGCGAAGAUUUUGUCUGAAUAUAUUCAGAGUAUUAAUAAAGUGCCUGAGUCGCAAAAUUGCGUUCUCCAGAAUGAAAAUAAUAGCAAAAACCUGAUUAGGCGCAAUGAUCAAAGAAAGUGGGAAGAAAAAUUGAAAGUCGUCGAAAAUGAAAGUCUUCCGAAAUCUAGAGUGUUGCCGAGCAACAAAGAGUAUUUUGUGGAUAUUGCAAAUAUUGUAAGGAAUAAAAUAGAGGUGCAGGAAGUGCUCGAUUUGUCGACCGUAAAGUCCAAAGAAGAAAGGACACAUAAAGAAAUGACUGAAAGUAUAGAUGUUGAGUUUUUGAAAAAUUUAUUAGAGAAUACGGCAGUUUUGUAUUGUGCAGCUACUGGAGUUCGUCAAGAAAAUCUCGCUAAUUAUAUAGAUAAUCUAGAUGCAGAACAGAGUGUAGGAUGGCUCAAAGAUCAAAAAUCUUAAUGCCCGAGAGCUAGUCAAUAUUUAUUUAAGUUUUUUUAUAUUUAAAACUCUGUUUUUCUUUCAGAAGUUGGCUGACAAACUUUAGUUUUUUUGUUAUUGAUUUUCUAAGCGAGGAUAAAUUCAGAUUCCGUUUUAAAAUUAUUAGUACAUAUUUUAAAUAAACAUCACCAAAGUUACCUGGAACUUUAAGAGCUUUAAGAGAUGUUAAGUUUCAAAUAAAUAUAUAUUAAAUUUAAUUAUGAAAAAUAUCAAAUUUAUGAAAAUUUGUUAUUUCUUUAAAUUUUUAAGU